AUGAGUUACUAGGCUCAACACUAAAAUUAACCUCCGAACUACUAAAAUAUAAGAGAAUAAUACCACAUCUAAGGUGAUUACAGUUAAUCAGGUCUCUAUAGAUAACAAUAACAAUCGAAUCCUCAGAUGGGAAGAUAUACAUAAGCAAAUCAAGACAAAGGUUCUCAUCAGUUUUCUCAAAAUGAUUUGUCUCGUGAGCAUCGUAUUACUAAUAGUCAAAAUGUUGGGCAUCAUGAUACAUCGCACGGUCAUAACCAUUCUGAAAAUGAGCACCAUGAAGGUCAUUACAACCCUCUUUAGAUGCCUUGUAAUUGGGAGAUCGCAAAAAAACACGCAUUAUCAAGAAGGACAGCAAAAGAGAAGACAAAGGACCCGACUAAAACUUUAGCAGUUGAAACUUGCCCUUGUUGCGGCUUUGAAGUUGAUAGAGAAGAUAUUCCGUUUUGCUCGGAUCCUAUGGCUUUAUCAUUUUUGGGAUCCGGCUUUACGUUAUUCUACAAUUACUUAAAAUAUUGCAUUAUCAUACUGUUUAUACAAUUGAUUGUGAAAUAGAUUCAUAACCUAUAUACAAACUACGAAGGGACAUAUUGUAGUCAUAUAAAAAGGGAAAAGAUGGAAGGACACAUUAUAGAAGAGCCAUACUGUCCAGAUAGCAUCUUUUUAAGACUGUCUUUAGCUAACAAAUUAGAUAAUCGGGAAGCCUUAGAAACUAUGCAAGUCUUAAAUUUUAUAAGUAUUUUCAUAAUCAUGUUCGUCCUCAUUUACUUCAGAAAAAGCCAAAGGUAAAUCGAUACUACCAUAGAUGAAGAAUAAUUGACUCCUGCAGAUUAUACAAUUUGUGUUAAAAAUAUUCCCACUGGGUUAUCUGUUGAUUACAAAGCUGAAUUAACAAAUUUAUUUUAAAAAUAUGCGGUAUUAGAUUCUUCUAAAGAAAUAAUUGUUAGAAAAGUAGUAUUAGUAUAUGAUAUUGAAGAAAUCAUUGAAUUAGAGAAAAAACUAGAUACUUUGAUUGAAAGAAAGAAAGAAGCAAUAGCAGAACAUAAUUUUGAUUUUCAUCAUUCAAGUGUUAAACAAAUAGAUGAAGAAAUAGAACACCUUGAACAUUAAAUCCAUAAGAUAGAAGAAGAAUAUGAACUUCAUAAUACUAAAUUUGCAGGCAUAGCCUUUGUCUCAUUUGAUGAUGAAUCUAUGAAAUAAUUGGUUUUAUAAGAAAAUCCCCAUACAUAAUUAGAGAGAAUCAAAUCUCAUUGGAAUAGAGGCAAACUAACAGGUCUCGGCAAUGAGGAUCUCUCAUGGCAAGGAUAAAAACUGUUCUUAGAACAGGCUCCAGAACCUAAUGAUGUUGAUUGGGAGUUUAUUCACAUAACAACCAAUGAAAAGAUAUUCAAAAGAGUGAGAGCCUGGAUCUAUUAUAUAUUGUUUGAAAGUGCAGCUUUCUUUGUUAUCUAUUUAAUCUCCCACAGACUUGCACUCUUGGGAGAUAAAGCACAUGAAGAAGAACUCUAAGGAAAAUUAGAUGAAGAUACUAAAAGAAAGAUCAACAUAAUGUCUUUUAGUAUAUCUAUGACUAUCGUCUUAUUUAAUAAGUUUGGAGUAGCCAAAAUAGUACAUUACAUCGUGGAUGAUGAAAAAAUAUCAAAUAAGACAAAGUUCUAGAUAUCGUUUGUAUAUAAAUAUGCACUCGCACUAUUUAUGAAUGCAGCCAUCAUCAGUUUUCUAGUAGAUAUUGUCAUAUUGAAAAAUGUCAAAGGAGCUGGAGGUUUUAUUUAGAAUGAGAGCCAGAUAUUUGUACUUAAUGCCAUAUUUCCUCCCUUUAUUUGGUUUGUUGAUCCAUGGAGUCUGUGCAAGAAUAUUUGGAGAAAAUACAUAAUUUCAAAAGGAGAUAAAGCUUUGCUUACUCAAUAAGAAGCUAACAAACUUAUGGAAGAACCAGACUACUUGUCGGCAAAGAGAUAUUCAGAUGUUAUGAAAACUAUGUGGUUCACAUUUAUGUAUGGUACUGCCAUUCCAUUGGGUACUUUAUUUAGUGCAUUUGGUAUUCUAAUUUAUUACUUUGUUGACUAUUAUAAUAUUUUAAGAAGAAGAACUGUCAAGGAAUCCAUCAGCAUUCAAUUAUCCACAGAAAUGAUUGAAAUGCUUGAGUACAUUAUUUCUUGGUGUGCAUUCGGCGAAAUGAUCAUGACUUACACCUUCUUUCAUGAAGUGAGCAAAAUAGAUAUUCUGUUAAUCAUUUUGGCUAUUAUAUAUUAAUAAUUGCCAAUGGAGGAUAUUUCUGAGUACCUCUUUCCAGUUGAAAACAAUGAAGAAAUUAAACCAUACGCUGAAGGUAGUGCCAGUUUUGAUACCGACUAUGAUAGAGAGAACCCAGUCACUAAACAUAAGGCUUUAGCUGAAUGGAACUAAAAAUAGAAAAGCGAUGAAAAUCCUCAUCACAAAGUUAAGAAAAUCUUACAAUAAUAAGAUGAAUUUGGAUAUGUUGCAGAUGGACACUAUGGACGUAGAUGA